ACUUCUAACAGCUUGAAAAAUGUAGCAACAGUGACCCACGCCUGUAUCGCGCGCGCAAUACGCGCAUAUUACAUUGACGAUUUUCGCAAGCAAGAAAAUGAUGGCGAAUUCAUGAUGAAUAUUCGCCCAAAUAUUCUCAAAAUAUCGCAAAUUCGAAUAUUGCCCCAGCCGCUCAUCACUAGUCACCACAAGAACACGAAGGCCUGAUCCUUCCACGUGGUCCACUUUUCUCUUUUGGUGUGGAGAUGGUAGCCCCGAGCGGUUUCUCAUCACCCAUUGGUCAGUCCUGAGUUUCUGUCGUAAGUAGACCACUAUGAUGUCAGCGGCUGAGCAUGGAUAAUAAGUGACAUCACUGGAAUGUGCCUUCGUAAUCUCCGGCGCGCAGUGUGUAAUGGCGUCCGCUGGACUUGUCAAGUAGUAAAUGAGAGUGAUUUUCUGCUACUGACGAGCUCUGAAUAAUUCCUGCUUGAUUAUUCUUUGGAAAGGUUAUCUCUGCCCUCAGAGCUGGUCUGGGAGGAGGGGGUCGCAGAGCAAAGGUUCUUAUCUCUUCCUCAGGGCCACACCGCCUCCUUAUAAGAGGGUGGCCCACAGUCCUGGAGAAGUUCUCAUUCAUUCUCGUCACCUGUCGCUGCUGCCCGGGGACCAUCCAGCGUAAUGCAGCGACUGGCACCGGCUCUCUUGACGCUCCUGUGGCUGUUGGCCAUGCACGGCGGUGCCCAUGGCAGCGUCAGAGUGCCCACAAUCGGGGUGAAGCUGUGUGGAAGAGAAUUCAUACGGGCUGUCAUCUUCACAUGCGGAGGGUCCCGGUGGAGGCGAAGUGACCUCAUGCAAACAGACAGUAUCACAGGGGACCCCGCAGAUCUUUUUGGGAACCUGAGACCCACAGACAGAGAUUCGGAUGAAGAAGAGAUGUUUGGCGAGUGGACUACUAACUUACGACCUCCCAACAAUGAAAUCAUGGACUAUGGAUCUCCUCAAACCUGGAGAGACACCACAGUGGGCAGGCAUGGAGCAUCAGAGGACGCCGUAAGGGCGGUGGAAAGGAGAGGAAGAGAGGCAGCACUGGGCUUGUCCAACACGUGCUGCAAGUGGGGAUGUAGUAAAAGUCAGAUUAGCUCCCUUUGCUGA